GAUAGAACACAGGCAUACACAGGAAGAUACAUUCACAGAAAGAGCUUCCUGCACAAAGCAAGCCACCAGCGCAACAUGACAGUGAAGACCCUGCAUGGCCCAGUCAUGGUCAAGUACUUGCUGCUGUCGAUAUUGGGGCUUGCCUUGCUGAACGAGGUGGCAGCUAGGAAAAUCCCCAAAGUAGGACAUACUUUUUUCCAAAAGCCUGAGAGUUGUCCACCUGUGCCAGAAGGUAGUAUGAAGCUUGACACUAGCAUCAUCAAUGAAAACCAGCGUGUUUCCAUGUCACGUAACAUCGAGAGCCGCUCCACCUCCCCCUGGAAUUACACUGUCACUUGGGACCCCAACCGGUACCCCUCGGAAGUUGUACAGGCCCAGUGUAAGCACUUGGGCUGCAUCAAUGCUCAAGGAAAGGAAGACAUCUCCAUGAAUUCCGUUCCCAUCCAGCAAGAGACCCUGGUCCUCCGGAGGAAGCACCAAGGUUGCUCUGUUUCUUUCCAGUUGGAGAAGGUGCUGGUGACUGUUGGCUGCACCUGCGUCACCCCCGUCGUCCACCAUGUGCAGUAAGAGUUGCACAUCCCCUCAGCUGAAGAAGCUGUAGAAAUGCCACUCCUUACCCAGUGCUCUGCAGCAAGUCCUGUCUGAUCCCCAAUUCCCUCCACUUCACAGGACUCUUAAUAAGACCUGCAUGGAUGGAAACAGAAAAUAUUCACAAUGUAUGUGUGUGUGUACUAAAUUUUAUAUUUGAUAUCUAAAAUGUUAGAAAAAUUAAUAUAUUCAGUGCUAAUGUAAUAAAGUAUUAAUAAUU